UCUUCAUUUGGUUAUUUUUCAGCCGAAUUUCCGGAGGAGGACAGCGAUAUGCUGAUGGAGCCAAAUGAUUUUUCGCCAAUAACAGUACUUCGAUCGCACGAGCAACACUUCCACAUGCCGCCGACCACGCAACUCCAGCCGCAGAUUCAGACCAGAAUUCAGCCCAGAGCUCAGCCCAGGCAAUUUCAAUCGGCGGCGGCCCAACACAAUAAUCCCGAUGAGGAGGAGCAAUUUCGACCCAUUGCCAAUCCAAAUACAAAGAUAGUAGGCGACUCGCAUACGCAGGCUGCUCAGAACUUCUAUCCACCGUUCUACCACGAGGCGCCGCCAUUGGGCCAUUCGAGGCCCUACUUUGGACAUGGUCCUCCGGUUUCGGUUUCGGAAAGUACUCCUCUAUCGCUGCCCUUGCCGCUCUUGGCACCCCAACAGCAGCCACAGUUGGCCACUCAGCAGCGAAACUUUGAUGCCAGUAUUUUGGGGAGCGGAGACUUUGGUGUCCUGAGAGGUGGAACCUUCUAUCCGGAGGAGGAAAUGCCCUAUCAUCCCGAGGACAAUAGCGAUUAUAUCUAUGGCGAUGCCAACAAUGGACAUGGUCGUCCCUCAGAAGGAUUCGUACAGAAGUACACUUAUCCGGAGGAACAGUUUGCCAAUUUCCGGGAUUUUGCGGACAUUAAUACACCCGCCGAUUCGGCAUUUUCGCAAUUCGUGGUGGUAUAUGCGGCCAAGAACGCCACGGCACCGCAUUCACAUCCGCAUCCCAAAAACAUAUUCGAGCAGCUGGAGCUGCUGGACAGGGAAAAAGAGUUGGAAAAGUCCAAGUCCCAGUCGCAGCCCAAAAACUCAUCCAAAAACAAGUCGAAAUUGUCGAAGACAAAGCUGCUGAAGAAAUACCGCAAGAGGGCGGGUCCCAAAAUACAGGAUCCCCUGGAAAUAGAGCCCUUAUUGGCCCUCAGUUAAGCGUCUUUAAAAACGAGAAAAAACUAAAAAACCCAAAAAAAAAAUAAAAAAACAAAAGCAACUAAAAUACAAACACCCAUCACCACUUUCGUUUUCCCUUGUUAGUUCUAUUUAUUUUAUUUCGAGAUGAAUGCAAGCCGCCACCACAAAAAAAGAGCCACCCUCUAUCUGUUUGUUCAUAUCCACAAAAAACCUGUAUUGCAAAAAUCUUUACCAUACUAUAUAUUAAAAUCAGUGUUUUUUUUUUGGUCUGUCUGCUUUUUGUCUCG